GUCUGAACACCGGAGAGAGAAGGAUGUACAAGUCUUAUGUGCUCUUGAUUCACUUCUUCAGAGCCUAUGGUGCUCUGUUCUUCGCUAACCUUGGAGACAAUGUGACUUUACCCUGCUUGUACGACUCCAAUGCCAAAAAUCUUUGUUGGUACAAGCAGGUUGCAGGGGAGCAACCUCAGAUAAUGUCCUCUUUCUACAAACAUUUGGACAACUCCAACGUCUUCCACGACGAGUUUAAAGACAACAAGCGGUUUUCUAUUCACACUGGACAAGGAUUCUAUCAUCUGAACAUUUGUAAUGUCCAGCACUCAGAUUCAGCCAUGUACUACUGUGGACAUACCAGCGUUACUAUCACCACGUUUAAAAAAGGAACACUUUUGGUUGUAAAAGAUUCUAAUUGUUGGUCUUUCCUCCAGCAGCCGGCGUCUGACUCUGUGCAGCCAGGAGGCUCUGUGACUCUGAACUGCACGGUGCACACUGGAACCAGUGACGGAGAACACAGCGUUUACUGGUUCAAAAAGGAUACAGAAAACUCCCACCUGGGGAUCAUGUACAUCCACACACACAACAGCAGUGAGUGUGUGAAUGGCACAGUGUCUGGGUCUCCUGCACGGAGCUGUGUGUACAAUUUAUCGAAAAGGCGUGUGACCCAGUCUGACGCUGGGACGUACUACUGUGCUGUGGCUCUGUGUGGACAGAUACUGUUUGGGAAAGGAACAAAGCUGGAUGUUGGAGUGGAACAGUGUGACACUCCCUCUGUCUUGCUGCUGUGCGUGGUUGCAGCUCUGGUUGUGUCUCUGAUUUUGAACAUCGUCCUAUUCUCUGUCAUCUGCAAGAGGACCAGGGGAACAUAUCUGCAGUCUGGAGGGUCACAUCCCCAACCAGUUGCUCCAGAAUACACCGCUGACACUCAGAAUAAGGAAUCAGACGCUCUGCAGUACGUAGCUCUGGACUUCAAAAAGAGGCAAGGCAAGAGCAGGAGACAGAGGAGCACAAAGGAGGAGGCGAUUUAUUCUAGAAUUAGAACUAUAAAUGUGGAGUGAAAUUUGCUAUUUAAUCGAGCCAAAGCUACCAAACCCCAACCACUGCUGCUGUGACUUCAUCGCUGUCUGAAAUGCUAUCAAUCAACUUUUGCUUUUUUAUUUGACACUCUUUAAUCCUGCACAUGCUUAACUGCAAAGUGUAUUCUGAAAAUAAA